AUGAACAAACUCGCACAUGGGGGCUCCUACCCUGGUCGAAAGGACGACGAGGCGACUAUACUCGCCUUCUGUAACAUUCAUAAGGCUGCCACCGUACAGCAGCAAGUGCCGGGUGUGCCACCGAGAGCCCCGAUGGUCGCAUCGCGCGAGUCUGCGGUCCCGGCGGUGGCGGCCUCGGCGGGAGUUGCGCCGCUGGCCUCGACCACUGAAGAGGUCGAUGUGCCCUCGGUUGCAGCCCUGGUCCCCGAGACACAAGAAGAGCCCGUGGCUACGCUAGCUGCGGCCACCAAGAUGGAGGACAUCGACCUACCUGACGCAAAUUUGGCUGAGGCGAUUGCCGAAUCAGAGCGCCGUGACACUGACUCUGAUGCUGCCCGUGCGCCCAGAAAGCGCCGGGCUGUGACGCAUGACGAUUCUGACACUCCCUCUCAGACGUCUGACACAGCGAGGCGGCGGAAGAUGGCCUCGAGGGCUUCCCGGCCUUCCACUACAGAGUCUGGGACGACUAUCGCGGGCUCCUCCGCGAGCGCCGCCUCGCCGAGACCGACGGAGACGUGGCGGCCCACUCGUCCACCUGCCACUUCGCGGCAGCCGGACGAGGAUGGUUUUGUCGCUCCUCCCAGGAGGCAUACUGCCAGGGCUGCUGCACUGCAGCAACCGACGCCGCUGCCGACCGCCAACGCGUUCACGGGCGCCAGCGUGGACGCGAUGGAAGAUGGCGCCGCGCCUCCUGUGUCGGCCCAAAAGAAGCCGCCGCCCAUCGUCAUCCAAUGA